AUGUCAUUCGUCUGUCUUCCAGAUACUUGUCCAGAUGAGCCUGAUCCAUUGUUGUCUACCGACGACUCCUUCGAAACUGAUGCCUCAUUGUCAGAUGAAUCCGCAUUUUCUAACAGUGAUAGUGAUUCAUCAGUUGCUACACAGUUGAAUAGAGAAGAUGCUUCUUCAAAUGAAAAUGUUUUAAACAUACUAUCAUGCUUUCAAAAACACAAGUUAACUGCAAGUGCCUGCAGAGAUAUUUUAAAUACAAUGUCAUCUGUCUCUGCAUCUGAUUCUUACAGGACUUUGCUAAAUUAUGAUCACUUGCUAUCACAUGUUCCCACUACUUCUUACAAAGAAAUUCAUUAUUGCUCAGCAUGUGGAUGUAUUUUCCCUGAAGACAGGUCAGUGUAUAGAUGUCUGACAGAGCAAUGCCCAGGGCUAAGAUACAUAGGAGGACAUUCACUACAAGAUGGAACAAAACAACCUGGAAAAUACUUCAUACUGGCUGACAUAGAAACACUAUUGAAAAAUUUGCUUAUAAGUCCUGGGAUAUUAGAAGACAUCAACAGACAGAAAGAUGACCAAGAUGAAGUUUUGACGGACAUAUGCAGUGGUCAGCUUUACAAGGAAAAGCAGAGUAUCAUGCAUCCAGAAAAUUUGAACUUAACCGUAACAUUAAACACAGAUGGGGUCAAUUUGUACUCUUCAUCCAAAAUUGAGCUUUGGCCUGUUUUUUUAGUGAUCAAUGAACUAAGUCCUUCUCUCAGAUUUGCAAGGGAAAACAUAUUACUAUCUGUCCUAUGGCAAGGGAAAGGAAAACCUCCAUUUAAAACCAUCCUUCAGUCUUUGAGUGAUGAAAUAAAUAAUUUAUCAGUAAAUGGUAUGCAGAUGCAACUUAACGAUGAUGAAAUAACAGUAACACUUUCUUUAUUGUGUGUGACUGUUGAUCUGCCAGCUAAAGCAGGGGUACUAAAUAUGACAUAUUACAAUGGAGCUAAUGCUUGCAUUUCUUGUGAUGAACCUGGUGUCACUGUUAAGCAAGGCCGGGGCCACAGCAAAAGUUACCCAUAUAGGCAAAAACAGUUGCAGUUUGAAAUGAGAACGCAUGAAAGUGUUAUAGAAAAUAUGGCAUUAGCAUCCGAACAAACAAGAGUAAAAGGCUUUAAGGGUGUGUCAGGACUAUCACUUUUCAAUGCUUUUGAUAUGGUUUCAGGAACAGUUCCUGAUUAUAUGCACGGAGUGCUUCUGGGUAUUACCAAAACUCUAAUGUGCAAAUGGUUUUCAGCAUCUGAAGCAGGUCAAGGAUAUUUUGUUGGAAAACAGUUAAAAGAAAUCUCUGAUAGAAUGAAAAACAUAAAGCCAUUUAUCAGAUUGAAAGGUUGCCAAGAGACCUUGAAAAACACUUUAACAAUUUUAAAGCUACAGAGUUGCAGUCUUUUCUGCUUUAUUACUCUUUGCCAUGUCUUGUGGAUAUUCUGCCAGAAAAGUAUUUGGAGCAUUUUGCUUAUCUUUCUGAGGCUAUUUACAUUUUACUCGGUGACAAGAUAUCACUAACAAUGCUUGAACAUGCUGAGAACUUGUUAACCAGGUUUUACUGCAGUUUUUCAGAACUGUAUGGUAAUGGUAGUUGUGGUCUAAAUGUCCACAAUGUUUGCCUCCAUUUGCCAUACUAUGUAAGGAGGCUUGGACCUAUUUGGGCUUGGAGUUGUUUCCCUUUUGAAGAUUGCAAUGCACAAUUACUUCAGUCUGUACAUGGUACUGGUGAUGUUCUUAAACAAGCAUUAAGAAGUCAGGAAAUUUCUAUAUUUCUUAGAUCAAGAGAGGAUGUGUGCAAGAAAAAUAGACAUAAAUUAAAGGUAACUUGCACAACUUCCAACUGUGAAAUAAUAGGAAAGCUAAAACCUGUUGCAUCCUCAUUGGUUGACCUUUAUCGGGCAUUAGGUUUACAAAAUGAUUGUGAGCUCAGGAAAGUACACAGAGUUAUUGUCAAUGGUUGCAAGUUCUACUCAAGGGAAUACUCUAGAAUGAAAAAGCGGAUAUGUCACUGUGUUCUCUAUUCUGGAUCCUCAGCAGGGUUAGUUCAGUAUUAUGUGUUUGUUCCACAUCAAGAUAAAGUGUAUGCUGUUAUUCUGAAGCUACAGAACAAUCGUCAGUCAUGGCUUUCAAAAUUGGCAGCAGGGAAGCAGUUAUUGGCAGUUACCCUUACAGACAACACAGAUAUUGUUCCAGUAGAUGAGCUACUUUGUACAUUAGUGUUUAUUCAAACUGAGGAAAAUAAAGCUGUUAUAGUCAAAAUUGCUAACAAGCAUGGCCAUGCAGUUUUUAAGUAGUUGUUGAAAGAUUUGUGAUUAGUUAGUUAUGAAUCUUUAAGCUACUAUCCCACAUAUUUUUCAUGUAAUUUUAACAUCAGUGGGCAUUAACAUCUCUGUAUUUAAUUACAUUAUUAAAACAGAUGUAUUUUACAGAUACAUAGAUGUAAAAAUUUGUAAUUACGUUAAUUAAAUACUAGUGCUAAUACUGUUGAUGUCAUUUACAUGUAUACUCUGUUAAAGCUGAUAUCCUCAUAUUUUUACUUUUAUUUUAAUAUUGGUGUGUAUUUACAUAUAUUUGAUUAAUAUAAUUAUUACAGUACAAUGAUAUGAAGGUUUUGCAAUUUCCAUGAAAUAAGUGUACGCCAUUUAAUUUAAGUGCUAAUUCUGUUGCAUGUACAUGUAUGUAGGUCAAUAUUUUGUCAAUAUUAACGCAAAGUUUUACAAAAAAGCUGGAUAAAAGUGUCCAAACUGUUACAUUCAAUGGUGAGCUAUUGUGAUGGCCUUGUGUUCGUCUUAGUCCGUCAACAAGAUUUUCUUUAAAAUGACAUCUCCUAAACAACAAGGCCGAUUGCAACUAAACUUUACAGAAAUGAUCCUCAGGUGGUCCCCUGCAAAAGUUGUUCAAAAAAUUAAAUUCAAUUUUAAAAGUCUGGUUGCCAUACAACCAUGGCAACCAAUAAGAAAAACUUUAAAAAUCUUCUUGUCAAAAAUUAUUUGCCCUAAAGCUUAGAUAUUUGGUGUGUAGCAUGCUCUAGUAAACCUCUACCAAUAUUGUUCAAAUUAUGGCCCCAGGGUCAAUAUUUGCCCUGCCCAGGGGUCACUUGAUUUUACAUGACUUAUAUAGGAAAAACUUUUAAAAUCUCUUGUCAAACUAUUUGACCUAGACCUUAGAUAUCUGGUGUGUGGCAUGCUUUAGUGAACCUCUACCAACUUUGUUGAAAUUAUGGUCAGAGGAACAAUAAUGGCCCUGCCCAAGGAGUCACUUGAUUUUACAUAGACUUAUAUAGGAAAAACUUCUUGUCAGAAACUAUUUGGCCUAGAGCUUAGAUGUUUAGUGUGUAGCAUGCUCUAGUAAACCUCUACCAAUAUUGAUCAAAUUAUGGCCCCAGGGUCAAUAUUAGCCCCACCCAUGGGGUCACUUGAUUUUACAUAGACUUAUGUAGGAAAAACUUCAAAAAUGUUCUUGUUUUUUUUACAACAUUAUCAUUCUUUACUUAGAUGAGCGACCUGGGGCCAAUGGCCCCCUUGAGUUUUGGUUACUUUGUAUUUUAAAAUAAAUUUGAACCAGGAUGUGGGGUCCGAGAGCAGCUUUAAUAAUAAAUAUCCAAGAAACAUUGUUAGUAAAUAUUAUACUUGUUAACUUUUCUUGUUGCCUUAUCCAUUUCACUGUGUAAUCUGAGUAUCUCUUUUCUUAUCCCCACUAUAGAUGGUGGGGGGCUUUUAGAUUUGCACUUGUUCGUCCGUCAGUUCAUCUGAAACUUGUCGUAUGUAGCCCAAAAAGUAUUUGAUCCACAGUCAUCAACUUCACAAAAAUGUUAAUCAGCAUGUGUUUCGCAUCUAGGGUUUUCUGUGUGAAUUCAUUUAGUAAGAGCAGAGUUGUGGGCCCUUAUUAAAGAUUUGCAAUAUUUAACUUUUGUUGCACAUAGCUAAAAAAAUAUUUGAUAUAGAGCUAUGAAACUGCACAGGAAUGUUGUUCAGCAUAAGUUGUUGCGCACCUGGGGUUUUCUGUGUGAAUUCAUUUCGUAACAGCUGAGCUAUGGGCCCUUAUUUAGUAAAAAUUUUCAAGCUGUGUUGCAAUUUUCAUGUUGUGUCGCUAAGUAGCUAAAAGAAAAGUAUUGCUUCGCAUGUGUUGUUGUGCAUCUGGGGUUUUCCAUGUGAAUUUCAUGUUUGAAUGGCAGAGUUAUGGGCCUUGGCAUAGUAAAAAUAUGCAAUUUUCCUCAGCACUGAGUGUGUUAAUCCAAACGUGUUAGAGCUUGAAUCUGGAAACUUUUAAGAAACGUGGCUAUAUGAUAUAUAUAUAAACAUGGUUAUCAAGCAUUACAGGUACAUGGAAUGUUUAUGAGUCAUGAUCUAUUUCUAACUCAUAUUCAUGUAAAAAUCAUAGGCAGUUCAAGGACUUUAUAUUAUAAAAAGUUCAUGAGCCUAAACUCAUGAACAGCUCAUAAGCCAAAAUUUACUGACUAUUCAUGAGCUUAUAAAUGUUCAUUAACAGUACAUGAAUUAAUCAUGAACUUGCUUUAAGGAUGGUUCAUGAGUUAAAAGUCCUUGAACUCGCCUUUUGAACUAAUGAUGACUUGUUCUUGAACAAUCCUUCAUUGGCAUUAAAAGUUCAUGAAAUCAUGAACUUGAUUUCG